GUGGAUCGUGCCCAAGUCAUAUAAGGGAUCCCCAAGACACUGCAUACGCCUGUACCGGGAUGACCUAGACCGAAUGAGUGAGAGUCAGUUUGAUUUCACUCCCUACGCGUCCGAGGAACUCCCACCUAUCAUCCUUAAUGACGCUCCGCUUUGGUCGGCUAGGGUCAUGCUCAUAUUUUGCAAUAUGGCCGAAAUGCAUUACCCCGAUCGAUUUCUUCGGCAGUUCCAUAUAAGGCAAGAUACUCCGGAUGCUCCUUUGACGGGUACUGAUCAUCACGGCAAUCGUUCCAACAUAGUAACCGGUGCCUUGGCGUUGUGGGCGGACAUACAACAUAAUAUAUACUUUCUUGAUUAUGAUCGACAUAUGUCCGUCGAAGCAACUAAGAGGUACCGAAAAUGGUACCAGAAGCAUGGUAUGACACGUGUCCAGAACCCUUCUCACAAUGUGCCCGCGACAGGCUACAUCCCGACAUCACACGAUUGGGGUAUUGUGGUAAGUUUUUGAAUACAUACUAUAUUCAUUAACAUAUAUCAUGUCAUAUUAUUUACACGUGUUACAUUUUUAUGCAGAGGCAGGGCUUUUACGAGCUGAAUCAGCUCUUAGCCGACCGCGCAAGUCAUGAGGACUGUCAAAAACGACUACAGCGGAUGGCCCUGGACGUAGGUGAUGAAGAGAUGCUCCGCCGGGGCAUAUUCCAUUAUGAAGAUGAAGAUGAAGAUGAAAGUGGAAGUGACGAAGAGGAUGAUGCAGAUGAACAUGAAGGUGGGGGUGAGCACUCACAAUCGCCCCCUCAAUUUUCAACACGUGAGGGUGUCUCAUUUGAUCAACCACCCCCUCAAUUCUCAACGCAUCAAGGUGUCUCAUUUGAUCAACCACCGCC